AUGUACGUUAUCGGAGUUUCCCCAUCGAUUGGAGCUAUGGAAAGGUUUCUUAAUACCCACUGGAGGUUUGUAGAUAAACCACAGAUAUUUUACCACAAUGACGAUUACUUCCUGAUCAAAUUCAGCAAUAUGGAUGAACGAAAUGAAGUAUUGUAUUCUGGCCCUCACACGAUUAAUAGUAGACCUGUGAUAAUGAAACCAUGGGCUCCAGAUUUCAACUUGUAUGAGGAAGUAUUGAGCACUGUUCCAUUGUGGAUCAUGCUACCAAAUUUUCCUUUGAACUGCUGGACAAUGAAAUGUUUAAGCAAAGUUGGCAGUGCACUAGGAAACCCCCUCUAUGCAGAUGAUUGCGCAACAUCGUCCGCUAGAAUCUCAUAUGCUAGGUUGCUUGUCGAGAUUGAUGUUACCAGACCUUUUCCUAGGAGUGUCAAAGUGCAGGACCCUUGUGGAAGAGUAUUUGAGCAGGUAAUUGAAUAUGAAUGGGAGCCCGAGUAUUGCACAACAUGUCUUCAAGUUGGCCAUAAUUGUAACCAUGAACCAGCUCAAAAACGACCAAUUCAACCAGCUCCAAGGAGGACUAUAAGGCCUAAGCAAAUCUGGAGGAGCAGGGAAAAUACAUGUGCAUUAAAUAUUCCCAAAGGAACUACUGUCCAACCUACGAACAAAGAGGGCGAACUAAAAAUAGGUGAAGGCAACAACAAAGUACUAACAAAUGAGCAUCAGAAGGAAGAUGGAUGGCAAGUAGUAAGAGGCAAAUCAACAAUUAAGAAUCCCAGGGAGGAGAGUUGCUUAGAUACAACCAAUGGGUUUAAACCUCUAAGCGAUCAAAUGAGCAGUAAUGCAGAGCCAGUGCUUACAGAGCAAAUCCAGAGUAAUGCUAGUAUGAAAGCAAGAUGUGGUAACAAAGGGAACGAGGCAGCCAAAAUCUCUCAACCUAACCAAGCAUGA